UCUACAAUAUAUGAAAGAGCUGGGCGGAUAGCAGGAAUAGACGGGUCUAUCACCCAGAUACCAAUUCUCACUAUGCCGAACGAUGAUAUCACGCACCCAAUACCUGACUUGACAGGAUACAUCACAGAGGGGCAGAUAUAUAUCGAUCGAAACUUGCACAAUAGGCAAAUAUAUCCCCCUAUUAAUGUGCUGCCAUCACUGUCUCGUCUUAUGAAGUCUGCUAUUGGCGAGAACAUGACGCGAGAUGACCACUCGGAUGUUUCCAGCCAGCUGUACUCCAAAUACGCAGUAGGAAAGGAAGCAAUGGCAAUGAAGUCAGUUGUUGGGGAAGAGUCUCUCUCUGUAGAAGACAAGCUGGUGAUUGAGUUUGUGGAUAACUUUGAGAAAGAGUUUAUUAGCCAAAGAAAGGAUGAGAACAGAACCAUCAAUGAGUCCCUAGACUUGGCAUGGCGCCUUCUCAGAAUAUUCCCAAAGGAGAUGCUAAACAGAAUACCAGACAGUAUACUUAACAAAUACUACAGCAUACAGACGACAGAGGACAAAAAGCAGCAGUCUGUGCAGGAAGAGGAAGAAGAGACUAGUUAUUGA